AGUGUCAAUUCAACUACGAAGAAGAACAUUGUUCUAAUUUUUUACCGUGAAAACCGAAGAAAACGCUAAAAAGCAUCGUAAAAUCUUUUGCUUUGCAUCCCACUAACAUCUUUGUUCAUGGAUGUUGCCAAUUCCGACCGCGCUCAGAAGACACGACCGAUAAGAAUGGUGAUGUGAGACCGUAGCUUUGAUUAGCUAUGAAUUCAUCACCACAUCCUUCAGCCAGAUCGGAUUCUUUUUCCAACACUUCUACAAUCAGGAUGGCGAUGUCGCCGAGACUGGCGCCGGAUGCCAUCUCCGUCUGCAGCACCACGAGUGCCAUGUCCAGCUGUCCGGACAGGCACGGAUUCUACGGCGGCGCCCAGUUCACGGAGAAGCCCAAGGAGCCGCUGCCGCGCGCUCAGAUCCUGGCGCGCGAGAAGAAGUGGAUCCACAUGAUGGGCAUGUGGAAGGAAUACCUAUCGAAGAACUACAAGAAAGUCCGGGAGCGUUGUCGCAAAGGCAUUCCGCCCUCGGUGAGGCCGAAAGCGUGGUUUUACCUCUCCGGCGGGCAGCUACUACACGAAAAGUACCCCAAUUUAUACGAGGAACUACUGAAGAUGCCGGGAAAUCAGCAAUACAUCGAGGAGAUCAGGAAGGACCAGCACAGACAAUUCCCAUUUCAUGAGAUGUUUCUGGAUGAAGACAAGCCUGGACGCGUGGAGCUGUUCAAUGUCUUGAAAGCCUAUUCAAUCCUGAAUCCGCAAAUUGGCUACUGCCAAGCUCAGGCUCCAAUUGCUGCCUUUCUGCUGAUGCAUUUGCCGGCAGAGCAGGCUUUCUGGUGCUUUGUGAGCGUUUGCGAUAAGUACUUGAAGGACUACUUCAAGCCGGGCAUGGAAAUGCUUCAACGGGACGCGGCAAUGCUGAUGGCUCUGGUCAAGAAAACCUCUCCCAACGUCUACAGACAUCUCCAGAAGCACAAGGUUGAGCCUCUACUGUUCAUGACUGACUGGUUUCUGUGUGCAAUGACGAGAACUCUUCCCUGGGACACGCUGCUCAGAGUCUGGGAUUGUUUCCUCUGCGAGGGCAUCAAGAUCAUCUUCAAGGUGGCCCUCGUGAUUCUGGGCGCUAGUCUCGGGCCGCGAAGUGUCCGGAAGGCCAGCGCAGGUCUCUGUGAGACUCUCGAAGUGCUGCGUUCGCCACCGGAAAAGGUUCUGGAUGAAAACUUCAUCAUGCAUCACGUGUUGAAUAUGAAUAUCUCACGAGAGGACUUUGAACGUGAACAUCAGAAGCAAGCGGAACUGCAUAGGAAAGGCAAAAGCUCGUAGUUUCGCGAGAAAUCUAAUCAUGCUACUUUAUAUUGAAUACCUUAUCAUUCUUUAAACAUUUGUAGUUAAUGCGUUAUCGAUUUAGCAAUUUAAUUUCAUCGAGAAAACAUUUUCGUUAAGUCAGCAUAAUCAGAAAUCACCUUAAACAGAUCAAACGUUCCACUUUCGAAUCUUUCGAGUCAAUUUGUUCUCAACCUCGAAGAAAUCAGAAGAGCAGAAGUCAAUCAAAUAAUCAAUUACAGAAGUAUUUUAUUUAGCUUUUAUACGCUUUGAAUUAUAAUUUAAUCUCUGAGUCCCGAAAAGCAGCAAUCGAAUGAGGCAGAGAUGUAAAAUUAAUGUAAAUAUGAAGAGUAUUUUCUGUGUUUACCAGCUUAAAGGCAUUUUGCAUUUUCUUCUCUAUUUCUAUAUCGUCUACCUAAAUUGUCUAUUGCAAAAAAACGAUAACAGGAGAGAUAACUAAAAUCUAACUUAUUGAGAGAAAAGUCACACUAAAGCCUCCUGUUAACUUAAGAGUACCUUAAAAUUUUACACACAAAUAUCGUAGAUAAAAAUGUAGUGAAAUUUAUCCAAACUUACAAUUGUAUUUUUUGUAAUUUCACAUACAAGACCAUAAUAAUAUAAUAAAUAGAUACAAACAAAA